GUACUGUGGCAACUGUCGAGCAUCACACCGCACAGCUUUGGUUGACAAUGCCGACCUUAUAUACUGAAGGUCUGUGACGAACAGCUUUUUUUGCUGGGACCCUUUCGGUGUGCCCUCUGCUCCCGCGGGGAGCACUGAAAGCCGUCAGAGAUGGACGAAUUCAUCAACGAGACGAGCUGGAACGACACUGAUGUUUUCAACAACGGGACCGAGCGACUCUUGGUCCCUCCACAGUACCCCGGAGUGUUGCUGGUCCAGAGUCUCAGCCCCCUGCUCAUCCCCAUGUUCGGCGCCAUCGUGCUCGUGGGGGUUGUCGGGAACGUGCUGCUCACCUACGUCAUCCUCCGCAACAAGAGCAUGCGCAGUGUGACGAACGUCUUCAUCUGUAACCUGGCCGUGUCAGACAUCGCCACCUGUGUGAUGUGCAUCCCCUUCACCCUGGCCUACUCACUGGAACACAGCUGGUACUUCGGAGAGGUGAUGUGCUACCUGGUGUUCUCCCUCCAACCCACGUCUGUCUACCUGUCCAUCAUGACCCUCACCGCCAUUGCCAUCGACCGCUACUACGUCAUCAUGUACCCCUUCAAGCCCCGGAUGUCGAUGCGGACCUGCGCCACCAUCAUCGGACUGAUCUGGGUGGUAGCGGUCGGACUAUCCCUGCCUGUGGGCAUCAACACCCACUACCUGGACUUCACUGAGAUCGGCCUGGACUUCUACGUGUGCAAGGAGAAAUGGGACGAGAAGAAGCAGCAGAUGAUCUACACCAACACCAUGUGGGUGGUGCAGUACUGGCUGCCCCUGCUCAUGAUCUCCGCCGCAUAUGCCAAGAUCGGACACAAACUGCGCAACCGCGUGAUGCCGGGGUCAAUGACCGAGCGUCAGCAGGAGGAGCAGAACCGGCGCAAGCGCAGAACGAACCGCCUGAUGAUGAGCGUGGUGGUGGCCUUCGCCAUCUGCUGGUUCCCCAUCAACAUCUUCAACGUCAUCAAUGACGUCAACAUCGACCUUAUCCACGAGAAGUACUACAACCUGAUCCAGCUGCUGUGCCUGUGGUUCGCCAUGCUGUCCUCCUGCGUCAACCCGUUCCUGUACGCCUGGAAACACGACUCCUUCCGCAAGCAUCUGCGCAAGACCUUCCUCAAGACCUACAGAUACCUGCGAAACCAGGACCAGAACCAGGUUCACCCCCUGGAGCCGUGCGGCCCGGACACUGUCGCCUCACAAGGCCCCAGCUGACUAGAUGUGACCAACGUCAACACCUCCAUCACGUACUUGUAAGA